AUAGUUUCUCUCCUUCUCUUUUUAAUUUUUUUUUUCUGGUUUUCAACGCCGUCCCUAUCAAACCAUUCCAGCCAUGGCCAAUCAAUUUCCUGCCUAUGAGUUCCUCAAAUCAAAUCAACCCCUUUGGCAUCAAUUCAGCAAUAUUCAAAAGGAAAUUGCUGAAAUUAUUAAUGAAGAUCCUUUCUGCCACAACAACCAGAUCCACAUUGUCUCCAACAAUUCCAUCAAUUUGGGUCCAAUCCUGAAGGAAACAACCACUGCACUCCUAUGCCUCCACUACCCUCAACCGAGUAAGCAUCUAUUACCCUUUCAAGUCAAACCAGAUUGGAGUGAGUGGUUAGCAUGCAUCGUUGCAUGGCCGAUAGUAAUUGAAGGCGAAUGGCCGGCAUGGGUAAAAAGGUUGGAACCUCACUUUGCAGCUGUAUGGAAAGCAAAUGGAAUUUUUGAAUUUAUUCAUAUGACCACAACUCAAGUGCUGAUAAACAAAGCCAUUCUGACAGCAGCUAUUUUUUCUCUAACCGGUCUUCCCUGCAUCGAAGAAGAGGUUUCUGCCUUGCUGCCAACUAUUCUUGUAGAAGAAUAUGACCCGGAUGACACCAGAACAACUUUCUUGAGUUUCCAAAGGAACUCAAUUCUCGCCACCAAGAUGGGAGGUCUGUUGCCCAAGAGUUCAUUCCUCUUGCUGUCGGUUUGGCACAUGUGGUGCUCUUUGGGUCCUACAAUUGUGGCUUUAUUCUUAUUUCCCAACUGCGCCCCUGAAUUUGAGAAAGUUGAUGAGGAAGAUUUGUUGACUUACGGCAUUUCCACUAAGCUUGUGGUCGUAAAGGUCGAUCCUCCUUGCUCAAUGACCAAAGAUAGUUGGUCUUCCCCUAAGGUUACAAGCAAGCUUUUCCAAACUGUAGAAUUAAAUGAGCAAGCCGACUUCACAAGAGAAGAACUGCAGCCGGUCACCACCUCACCGCCAAAGCCUAUUGCUUCUGCACAGGCUGAUUCACUCGUGAUUGAGAUAGAUGAUGAUGUCCUUGAGAAAAAUAAGAUUGUGGAAGAAGAAAAGAACAAUCCGGAUAUCCCUUCUCAGGAAUCCAUUGAUGUUGCCACCCACCUUCUUCUUGAGCUAUUGAAUGGUAAUCCAUUUGAACUUUGCCAAGUCAUUGAUCAAAAUGAGGCAUUCAAUGCAUCAGUGUGUAUGUUCUGGAGCAAUUUCCCUACCGUUUACAAGAACUUUAGCCAACGGUUUAUGAAUGAGGAGAAAGUUGUGUCAGAAACAGCCGCGGCUGUAGAUCUUGCUCGACAAUGUAAAGAUGCAGUAGAGAAGAAAAUGAGUAUUUAUGAAGAG